AAAAUGUGCCCAUCUCCCAGCUCGCAACCAUUCCACCUCCUCCAUCAUCGACAAGAUGGCUGCCUUUCUACGAAGCAAGCAGACGGGCAUGCAGAAUGACCUGUCUGCGAGCAUCCGACCUGAGCUUUUUAUGCCCGAUGACCAGGCCCGCUAUGGCAUCAACUCCCAGAUCAGCUGCUUCGCUUACGAUCCCGUCCAGUCGCUUCUUGCGAUAGGCACGAGCGAGAGCAAGUAUGGCCCCGGCAAGAUCUCCGUUUUUGGCCAGCGUCGUGUCCAAAAGAUCCUCGAACCGUCCCGACACACUUCUUUCCAGUUCCUUCAGUUCAGUGGAAACCGACUCAUCAGCAUCGACAAGAAGAAUGAGCUUGGGAUAUGGAAUCUUGACACGGGCGAGCGACUUUAUUCCCUCGUCAUCGCUGGCACUGUCGUAUCUCUGGUUGCAGACCCCAUGCUGGACUGGGCCUUCAUCGGCCUCCAGAACGGAGACGUUUUGGCAUAUGAUCUGGACCGUGGUAGCCUUGCCCGGGCUUUCCGGUUGCCCAACUUCUGGAAGGAGAAGGACCCAAGCACAAAGGUUUCCAGUCUCGUCUCGAUAUCGCUUCACCCCAGGGACAUUGGGAAACUGCUAGUGGCAUAUACCAACGGAGCCGUUGUCUACUCCUUCAAGCAGAGUCGCGCAGUUCAGUUCUACGAAUAUGUCUUGCCGGCUGGCGCCCCGGGUGGAAAUGGCAUUGCCAUCGAAUCAAUUAGAAAGCCAAGGCUGACCCAUGCGCUCUGGCAUCCCUCUGGUACCUUCAUCCUCACGGCCCACGAAGACGGCAGCUUGGUCUUUUGGGAUCCCAAAGAGGAGAAAGUGGUUAUGGCCAGAACACUAACAAAAAUGAAUGUGAACCAGCCAAGCCCCGAAUCCGAAACACCAGCCACAGAGCCCAUUGCCAAGAUUGCCUGGUGCUGCAAGGAGAACUGCGACGACAGCGGAUUGUUGAUUGCUGGCGGACAGCUUUCUAACGCAUCGCCAAAGGGCUUGACUUUUAUUGAUCUUGGCAUCACGCCCAUUUAUGCCACAUCUUCGUGGCAGAUUCUGAGCGCCUAUUGCCAUGGCAAGCGUCAAACCACCUUGCCUCUUCCUUUCGGUGCCCGGGUAGUCGACUUUCUCAUGAUCCCCCGGGCUUCGCCUCAUUUUUCCGGCGCUCAGGAUCCCAUCGCAAUCAUUCCUUUGCUGUCCUCGGGUGAGCUCAUUACGAUGAGCUUUCCAUCUGGAUACCCCAUCAGCCCCACGAAUCAGCUUCAUCCUUCCAUCUUUUUUGUCCAUCCCUUCAUCACGAAAGUCAACGUAUCCAGUUUAGAGCGACCCAGGUGGCUAUCCAUGAUGGAGAAACGGAACCAGGGGGAGCCCAUUUUGAAGGGCGGCGCCGAAGGACCUCGGCCACGCAAGAGAUUUGAGGAGCGCACAAUCAUCCAGGCGGCCCAUGCGGAUAGCAUCAUUCGAAUCUGGGAUUCAGGCCAUGCCGACGACAUCGAAAACGGAAGCCAGCUCCAGGUUGAUGUUGCUCGAGCACUGGAUCGAUCUGAUGAUAUUGAAAUCACCACAAUGAGCAUGGCAACCAGUACCGGCGAGUUUGUUGUCGGAACGCGCACAGGUGAAGCGAUCAUCUUCCGGUGGGGAGCGAACCGAUUCUUUGGCAAGGAGCAGUCGCAGCAACUGGAUCCAAACCCCAAAGGAUUGACUGAUAUCAGCUCGAGGGCAGAGCCGACCCUCAAAGAGGGCCUCCAACCUUUGGUCCUGUACGAGAUGAUGAUGGGACCUAUUACAGCCAUGCAAAUAUCCAAUGUCGGAUUUGUGGCUGUUGGAUCCGAACUUGGCUUUAUUACCCUGAUCGAUCUCCGUGGUCCAGCAAUCAUCUUUCAAGCUCCGAUGACAGAUUUUGCCAAGCAAGACAAGCGCUCGUCCUUCCUUAGAGGACACCACUCAAGCUCUGGGCCACCCAAAGAAUGGCCAGUGGUGAUUGAGUUUGGUGUCAUGACUCUAGACGAUGACAAGUAUUCCAGUAUCUGUUGCUUUGUGGGAACGAGCUUGGGCAAGGUCAUUACUUUCAAGCUACUCCCAGGUAACAACGGCGCCUAUUCUGCGCAAGUGGCGGGCUUCGUCGCAUUCGAUUCCAAGGUUAUUUCGCUCAGUCCCAUUGAUGCGGACACUGGGAAACCUGCUGCUGCUACCGGUCAGAUAGUAGCGGGUCUUAGAGAAGGCCAUCAAGUUAAUGGCGUACUCGUGGCAGUCACACAAACUGAAAUCAAAAUUUUCAAGCCAGCCAAUGCGAAGGGGGCAUCCAAGGAGUUUGACGACAUCCUGUGCGACGCCGCGAGUGUUGCCGAGCUCGAGCUGCAAGGAUUUGCGGUUGUCGCAACUUUUGGUGACCGAACCGCGCGAGCAUUCUCUAUCCCUGGCCUCAAAGAGAUCGGCAAGGCUGAUUUGCCAAUGAUCGACAGCAGCCGCAGCACGGCUUCUGUUGUUACUCAAACUGGUGAUAUCUUUGCGUGGUCCGGUCCAAGUGAACUGGCAGUCAUCCACGUCUGGGGUACCGGAAAGCCUCCUCAGCAAUCUCCCGAUACGCUGAUCAACCCGAAAAUAGAAUGCCCACCUCGCCCAACAAUUUCAAACUUGCAGUGGAUUUCGGGUACCCAGUACAUAUCGCCCCCUGACCUAGACCUACUAGUCGGCGGCCCCGACCGACCACCCAGUAAGCGAAUGAUGGAGGCGGCAGCAGCAGAGCAACGUGCUGCUCGAACCGGUGAAGCUGGACCUGCCGGAUCUAGCCAGGAAGGUUGGGGAGACUACCUUUCGAGACAACUGAACGAGCGGACGGAAAAGCUGAACAUGAUGGGUGAUAACAUGGAUAACCUUCAGGAACAAAGUGCUGGGUGGGCGAACGAUGUGAACAAGUUCAUUGGCAAGCAGAAGAGAAAUAUGGUGCUAGGUGGGCUCAAAGGGAAAUUCUUUUAAGGGUUUCUUUGAGAGAAACAGUUCUUUGGUCGAGGAAUUACCCUGUUGAUUUGGGGCAUGUCAAACAAACAACUCUAGCGUGAUACCAGGGCCGCUCUUUCAAUAUUAUUUGGCCUAAUUUAAAGUGGGAGUCUAUAAACAAUCGCGAUUAGCAACCGACCUUGGGUAUUUGAAAACAUCAACCCCGAUGCUGUACUAUCUGUC